CUGUGGCUGCCAUGAGGCUUAUUUUACAGGAGGGACUCAGGAGGUCAGGGUUGUAUUUAUGUGGAGGAAUAAAGAGUCGACAUUCUGUGCGCGUCGCUCCAGGUUUCCCACAUCCGCAGGGCACCCUUGUGCUUAUUAUUUCACAGAUCGGUUGCUGUCGCCCCCUCAACCUCCAGUGGUACAUCCCGCUCCCGCACGCUGACGGGACGGUGCGCGCUGCGCGUCCCCGAGCAACGCGCCGGAUGGUAAACACAGACAUCGCCCAGUGUGUGAGCCCACCGGUCCGGGGCUGUGCCGAUGUUGGUGAUGGCAUGGGAAGGAGAUUGCCAUUUGGAUAAUCCCUGUUCAGCUUAUUUCUUGGACUGUGUACCUGGUGAUCUGGAAUUACAACAAGCUAUUAGUGACAUUGAUGAGCGACUGAAGAAGAAUGCAGUAUGUAUUGAGGAGACUGUGAAGGAACUGCAGUCAGAUUUUGAUAAGCUCUAUGCAGAAUGGAAGCUGCAGAAUGGUGACAGCUUGCAAUGGUUAAACAGUUCCAAUACUUCCUCUAUCAAACUGUUCACAACUCCACGUAAUCAAUUGACAGAAUUUCUGAAAGCACUGCUUCAUUGUCUGAAAACUGAAAAAGGUCUGGAGGAAAUGAUCUUGCAGCUGCUUUUGGAGCUCUCUGAUGAGUGUGGUGUAGUUUUUCCAUUGACUUCAUGUGGAGCAUCAUUUCACCUUCCUUCCACAACGUCAAUUCAUGCUGUUGAAGACAGUGGUUUUCUUGAUGCCUUGUCCUUGUGGGAUGAUGUGAGAUUGUAUCUUCGUCGGUUCAUCUUUGAUAAGCUUCAAAAUUGUCAAGAAAUAACUGAUAUGCUUACAACCUUUGAACUCAAGACUCAGUGUCUUCGGCAACUUCUAUUUUUGUAUCCAGAAACAGAAAUUAUAACCAGAUAUCAAAAUAUCCAGUUCCAGUCUGUACAAGAUCUGCUACAGAAUAAAGUCUUGAUCAACGUCAAUGAGAUCAGUUUUGAAAAAAUGGUUCAUGGAUUUGAAAAUAUCAUUCCUUUGAUAUUAAACAUGAUGAGACAAGAUUUAUAUGCUUUACGAACACUUGUGGAAGAGUCUAAAGUACUGAAAUUUAUUAAUGAAACAUACCUACAAAAUAUUGCAAGCGAACUUUACAUUUUGAUUGACAAGUUUUGUGAGCAGCAGUUGAAGAAAAAUGCACUACAUUCGACAAAGCUACAUGGGUCAAAGGCAAACAAAUGUUUAAACAAGCAAAAGGGAACAGUACACUCUGUGGUUACCAAGGAACAGACUAAGCAGAUAAGAAACUUAGAUCUCACCACCCAUCAGCUUAGAAAUCUUUCCCAACUGUUAAGAAUUCUUCUUCAUAUGGAACAAAGAAUGAAGGAACUCCUUUCAGAGGUCUUUCUGGAAAACACUUUUAAACAGCAAGACAGAAAUGUUCGAGAAAUGCUAAAGAAAGCCACAACAAACUCUGAUAUACCAUCAGAUAUGAAUAAAACCAACACCCAAGAUGAGCAGUUACUGCUUGUGACUGAGUGUGUUUCUCUUGAGUGUGCCUGGAGAAAUGCUUUCAAGGGUUUGGCACAUUCUGCAGCCCACUCUGUAAAGACUGUAAUUGAAGAGGCAUGUUCAAAAUGCCUUAAGCAAGAAGCAAACCUGUACAGUUCAGGUAAAAGCUUAGCAAUGUGUACAGAGUCAGUGGAAACUUCCUGUAACGAAUGGAUGGAGAAGGAACAACCUAAAAAAGUGGCAAAGUUUUGUUCUGACAUCAUGAUAGAAAUUGACAUGUUACUUCCAUUGGCUCUGGCAAGUAGUGAAAACUUUCUUCGAGACAAUAGGGAAAACUUUGUGGAUAGCUUUUCCAAAGUAGCUGCAGAUGUCUUGUUUCGACUUGAAGAGAGAAGCAAAGAUGUCCCUUCUAAGGUUCCAUUACAAAAUAUGUAUAUAAUCCUCUCUACAGCAAUAUUUGUUCACAAUUUCUUAACCAGAUACGAAAACAUGCUGAAAGAAACGAGCCAAAGGUCUUUAUUCUUGAUACCAAUUCGGCAGUAUCAGGAAUUCAUCAGAAUUAUUCAAUUUCAAAUAACAAGCUACAACAUAAGAGUUUGUGCCACAAGUAUUUUGCAAGAUGCACAGAGCCACCACUGGGAAGACUCCAAAUCUUUUUAUGAGGGGGAGAGAUGUUCUUUUUCUGUUCAAAUGUGGCAUUACCACUGCUGUGCUCUCCGUUAUGAUCUCUGGACUGCGGUUCCCUCUAAGGUAGCUCAGCAGCUCCUCGCUGAGGUCUUAAGUGAAACCUUAGCUAUUCUGGCAUCCAGAUACUCUCAGUGCCAUCCCACAUAUAAGAGAAUGGCAUUGAUAAGAUUUGACAUUACAGCCAUACUUCUUUGUACUGAAAACCUUUUAUGGUCAGUCUGCCAUUCAGCCGAGGAAUUGUUUCAACCUUCGGACGAUGUGCCUCACUGGAUUCUCAAUAUUCAUAACCAUUGCAAUGCCCUUCUGGCUGUUCUAGCUGUUCUGACAUCACCACUUGACGAGCUGUAUGAAGUAUUUUGUGAUGGAUUCUGUGAACACAAUUCUGAACCACAGUUAAAGCCAGUGAAUAGUGGCUUACUUGAAUGGUUACAUUGGAUUCAACCCUCUUUUUCAUAUGAAUCACCCAGCUCACUAUCAUGUGAUAAAAUAUCUAUUCAGCAGCUUCUGGCUUUGUUAUUAGCACAACCCAGCUGCGAUUUGAACUUACUUCUGCAAAUACUUGUAUUUCAAGAUUGUCUGGUACCUCGAAUUCUACUGAAUAAUAUCUCUAUUGAUCAAGAGAAUUUUUAUGAAAAAUAUGUAAAAGAAAAAGAUAGUGAUCAACAAUCAGCCUUGAUAGAAGCAAUUGUGAUGGUAAUUACACACUGCAAGUUAUUGCCCAGAAGUCUUGGAGUUGUUCUUGAAGACUAUAUGGAAAAACAUCAGCUGCAGAAUAAAUUGUGCUCCUUAUCAGUUGAAGAUGAAUCAGUUGUUCCAAGGUACCUGCAUUUGUUUGUAUCCAAGGCAAUCAAGGAAACUUUAAGACAUGUCAUCUCCUUGCUGCAUAUGUGGCAAGCACUGGAAAAUUCUGGCAAAUGUCAUAAACAAGUGCUUCCUGAGAAUUUACUCAGCAAAAUCCCCAAAGAAUGGGAUUAUUUGCCAAGGGAAUUUAAAAGAAGAGAAUGUGGAAAAAAUUUUACAAAACUUGCUGCUCAAGUUUUCUCAGUUUUAAUUGAUGACCUACCUGCAAUAAUUGCUUCAUUGCCUUCAACAAUUAAAUACCUCUUCACUUUGGCACAAAGAAAAUUUCCAAGCAAUAUUCCUGAGCUCAGAAAUUCAUCCCUUCUUUGGCAUGUUAUUACAGUUAUUUGCAGAACACUAGAAGAUGGAAAUGCCAUGGAAUUGUUGUCAGGUGUUACUAUAGAUCGAUGGACUAAAGAGAAACUGGUGUUGAUGAGUGACUGUCUGCUAAGUGUUGUGGGCCAGCAAAAGGACAAUCCCAAACCAGUAAUACAGAAGGUCAUCAACUGUCUGGAAAAACAAAGACCCAAAUGGAUUGAAGUUCAACUGCAAAAUGCAAAACAGUUCUGUUCAGAAAGUGCAUUUCUCACAGACAAAGAUUCCAUUGCACAAGAGAAAUGCAGUUGGGCUGAAUUGACUGAGCAGAAAAUACAUUUGAUGCUGCUGGAUAUCUGCCACCAACCAGGUGGUAAUGAAUACCUGAGGCAAAUUUAUCACAUCAUCCAACUCAAUGAGGAUUGGUUGAAGGAACAAAUUUAUUCUCAUUGUUUUUCACAUGAAAAUAUGACUACACGGAGAUCUAGGUAUCUUGCUUUGCAUGGGGUGCAGGAGCAUUUGAUGUUUAAUCCUUUGCAUAUCUUCAAUCAUAUUGGCUGUAUGAACUUUAACCAGUCAACUAUAACUGAAUGGAAUUGGGAUUGGUCAAAAGUUCUACGUAGUAAUCUGGGACUGAGUCAAUUGACCUUCAGGACGCUGCUAGCAAACAGGAUAUUGGCAAGGAGGACGAGAUUUAGAGGAUAUCUGAAGGAACCUUCUUCACCCAGAUGGUGGUGGGAAAUGCGAGCGGACUCAACCCUUGAAGCCGAAGAAAAGGAUAUGGUAGAUCACCUACAAAAGAAAUAUUUUACUGAGAACAAAGAAAUUUAGUAUGGCAAUAAAACUAACCAAAAACAUGUAACUGGUUCAAUUCUGCCUUCCUUUUUUUCUGUCAAUUGGAAUUUCUAAAUGUGUUAUUUAUAAGUUUGAAACAUCACAAAAACAUUCACAAUUAUAUUCACAAUUACGCUUACACUAUUUUCCGAGGAAAUUGUUCUCUAAUACCUGUAUCAUAAACGCAAGUAAUAUGAUGUUAAAUUGGAUUUGGAUUGUUUUUCUGAAAAAAAUUAGUUAGAUUUGUGGUGUUGGGUGAGAAUUACAUUAUCUAUCUCUUACCCCGAGGCUUCAGGGAUUUAAGCAAUAUACGGAAAUGUCAGAUAGCUGGGGUUUGGACAUGCCCUUCAAGGAAAGAUAAACCAAUCCUAUUUACUGCCCCAAAUAACCAUUAGCCCUUGCAAAAUUGUGAAUGUUUUUGUUCAGGUUUUGUAAUCCCUAUAAUUUGUAAUAAAUCAUUGUGCACAUAUUAAAAUUUGCCUCAAAUAAGUAUCACUCCUUGGAUUUUAAUAAUAAACAGACAUUUUAUAAAGGCAUGGUCUGCACUACUUCUGUAAUGGUGGACAUUUAAUGUCAGUGAAAAGUGUAAUAAUUUAUCAGUGAUCAUUACAGGCAACAUUAACACCUAUGGAUAACUAUGUGAACAUGAUAUGAGGGGAUAAGAGGCAUCAAUGAGAACUGUCGAAUUAAGAAUGCCUGCAUUUAUUGUGCUAAUUGGUUUUCAGUCUGCAUCUUGACCCCAAGUUUCCAUCAUUCUGGUCCUAUGUCCAACUUCUGCUUGAAGUUCUCUGUCCUCGUCUACCUGUACUUUUCUAACAAAGCUGUCCAGGAGAUCCAUGGCAUCUCAGCUU